UCGCUUCCUUGUCGUCUGCAUCUAAUAUAAUACAUAGGUCGAUUAGGUAUUGCGUAUACUUACGCGUGCAUGUAUAUAACUUUUCAGUUUUUGUUUGUAUCCUACGUCGUGGAGUUUGCAGUAAAGAAAGUCGGCAAAGUAGGAAAAGAAAGGGUCACGCAGAAGUAAACGCUGAAUUGAUAAAAAAGAUGUGACGUCCAGUGUUAGAGACAAGUAGCACCGGUAGUACCGUAACUCGUGGAUUUGUCGGUUGUCCUGUUUCACCUGUACCUGCAGUUCACGCCGGAUCACGCCCUUCUUCUUUACACCGCUCUCACUAACGGUUAAUCGUCGUCAACUACUUCUUGCGUUCGAAAGAAAAUUGAAUACACAGCUAGCGCCAUCGAGUAGCGAUAUCGAGUAACGAAUUUUGCCGCCUCUUCCGUUUCUUUAUUUUCUAGUAUAUCAGACACAUAUAUACUUGGAAAUAUAAGUUAGAGAGCUCAUGACAUAUUCGGUUCCAAUCGACUAAUUGGAUAUUUCAUAAAAAUGAUAGUACUACUUAAUAAGUUAAAACCAAAACAGAUUGUACAAGUAUCUGCUCGAUAUGCACAUGAAAAGAUUCACUGGGCUAAACUGAAGAAAAGGAAAACGGCAAAAGAUAAAGCACUUGAACAUUUUAAUGAGUUUUAUGCAGGCGUUUAUGGAGAUAAGUGGCCAAAUAUACGAGCUGCAUUGUUAUCAGAAGAAUCUAAAUAUAUGGCUGUGGUUAAUAAUUUCAGUGAUUCAGAAAGAAUCCAGCAUGAGUUGGAGUUACUUGGUGCAAUAAAUUUGAGGAGUUUAUACAAUGUACAAAAAGAAAAUGUAGAUUUCUUUAAAGCUAAAAGAAUGGCAAGAUAUGGUAAUUUGCCAGAUAAACAAAAUUCAAAAGACGUUACAACAUCUAAAAAUCAAUUAGAAGAACUUCAAACAACUUAUUCUGCUAAUUAUCCAAAUUUAUUAAAUGCUGAAACUACUGAACUUGUUAAGAAAGAUGAACAAAUACCUACAGAAUUAAAAUCUAUAGAUGAAAAUUUAAAUGAAGUGGAAUUAGAUACCAAUCGUAUUGUCAAUUCAUCCGUAGACUUAGCUAUACUUCAGGAAUACAUACCUGCUACCAAAAUAAAAGGCUUGGAUGAUUGGGUUUUGGAAUCUGACUAUUAUAAGUUUUAUGAUAAAGCUAAUGAUUUUCAAAUACAUGUUGAGAAAGAAUUUGAUCUGCCAUUUCCAGAAUAUUUGUAUAUAUAUGCUUUUGAAAGAGAAAAUUACAGUAGAUUUCCAAAUCCUAAGAAAGGAUCUACUGGUGUUUCAGAUUAUUACUUGUUUGAUGGUGGAUCUAUACUUCCUGUGUUGGCUCUAGAUAUACAGUUUAAUGAUAUGGUCCUUGAUAUGUGUGCUGCACCUGGAGGAAAAGCUUUGACCAUCCUCCAAACUCUUAUGCCUCGUGUACUGGUUGCUAAUGAUGUUACAGAAUCUAGAAUAAAGAGACUCAAAAACGUUAUGAAUCAAUAUGUUUCAAACAUGUGCGAAAAAGAAAAUACGUUAAUUAUAACACAACAAGAUGCUAGAGCAAUUGAUGAGAAUGGUACAUAUAACAAGAUCUUAGUUGAUGUACCAUGUACAACAGAUAGGCACAUUUUACAUUCUGAUGACAACAAUAUUUUCAAACCAAGUAGAAUUAAGGAAAGAUUAAAAAUGCCAGAAGUUCAGUCUGAGAUUUUAACGACUGCAUUGAAAUUGGUUUCAGUAGGAGGUACAGUUGUUUAUUCAACAUGUUCUCUUAGUCCUGUACAAAAUGAUGGUGUUGUACACGUAGCACUAAAAAGAGCGUGGGAAGAACACAAUUCUGUUAUGGUCGUAAAAGAUAUGACAGAAGCACUGUUACCCUUACGAUGUCUAUAUGACUUUGGUAACAUUGACACGAAAUAUGGUCAUAUUGUUGUACCUAAUCUGAAAAAUAAUUGGGGACCAAUGUAUUUUUGUAAAAUGGUAAAAGUGCAAUAGGUGAAUGACUGAGAGCCCAUUGGAUAAGUAAAAUUAAAUAAUCAAAUAAUGAAAUAAUUUAUAUUUCUAUGCAGAUGAUUGUAAGUAUGUAACAUGUUGCUAUAAAAAAGAGUAAUAUUUAAUAAAUAUAUACAUGUACAGUUGUAAUGUAA